AUGGAGUUUAUUCGCAGAUUUGGGCUAAUAUCAAUUUCGAGACCGUGGCGCAGACCUCCAAGGAAUGCCAUUAUAUCACGUUACAAGCACCAUGUGCGCUUCAACUCCACAGUCCCCGCCCUACCGGGCUCGGGCAUUGUGCUCCGUGACUACCAGGAAGAAUGCAUCCAGUCGGUGCUCACGUACCUAGAUCAGGGCCAUCGGCGUCUAGGAAUCUCCCUAGCAACAGGAUCUGGGAAAACAGUCAUUUUCACCCAGCUCAUUAGUCGAGUCCCUGCCCGUGAUGCGAGAGGCACAAAGACCAUGAUCAUCGUGCACCGCCGCGAACUUGUCGAACAAGCAGUGAAACAUUGUCGACUCGCUUAUCCAAGUAAGAUCGUGGAGAUUGAAAUGGGGAAUAACGUUGCAACCGGGCAUGGAGACAUUAUCAUCGCGUCAGUACAAACGCUGGCGCGAGGACGCAUCGCCAAAUUUGACCCCGCCUGGUUCAAACUCAUCCUUGUGGAUGAAGCCCAUCAUAUUGUUGCCCGAUCAUAUCGCGAUGUUCUAGGUCAUUUUAGCCUUAAUGAGCCAUCACAAAAUGCCCCUGUGCUAGUUGGUGUUUCAGCUACGUUCGCGCGGUUUGACGGACUCAAACUGGGUGCCGCCAUUGACCACAUUGUCUAUCACAAAGAUUAUGUGGAUAUGAUUGGGGAAAGUUGGUUGACUAAUGCGGUUUUUACGACCGUCAAAUCUGAGGCAAAUCUCUCAAAUGUCAAAAAAGACAAGUUCGGUGACUUCGCCCUAAGCUCGCUUUCUGAGGCGGUCAACACGUCAAUCACAAAUAACAUUACCGUUCGAGCUUGGAUGGCCAAUGCACGAGACCGCAAAUCGACAUUGGUCUUCUGCGUGGAUGUAGCGCAUGUCCGGCAGCUUACUGCAACAUUUCGUGAGCACGGCGUCGAUGCACGUUAUAUCACUGCCGCGACGCCUAAAAAUGUCCGCGCGGAGCAACUAGAGGCCUUCAAGAACCGGGAAUUUCCAGUCCUACUAAACUGUGGUCUUUUCACUGAGGGUACAGAUAUCCCAAAUAUCGAUUGUGUGCUCUUAGCGCGACCAACUCGAUCCAGAAAUUUGUUGAUUCAAAUGAUUGGACGCGGACUGCGCUUGUUUCCCGGAAAGGAGAAUUGUCAUAUCAUUGAUAUGGUUGCAUCGUUGGCAACGGGUGUUCUGUCAACCCCCACACUCUUUGGUCUUCAUCCAGAUGAAGUAUUGAACAAGUCCAGUGUAGAGGAGAUACGUAAGGAGCGCGAAGAGCCCGACUUGGCCGAGUCACCUCAGGAAUCACAAGCUAUUUCUACAAGUGACAGUGACAUAAAUCUGGAAUUCACCCACUAUGAUAGUGUCUAUGAUUUGCUAGAUGACACAAAAUUUGAAAAGCAUAUCCGGUCACUGAGCCCCAACUCAUGGGUGCGGAUUGGUAACGAUAAAUACCUGCUGUCAGAUGCCACCGGGUGGCUAACUCUCGAAAGAGAAGGUGAUGUGUUCAACGUGCAGCAUGUUAUGAAGUUCACAAAUCCAAUGACCGAAACACCACAAUUCACUCGUCCACGGACCAUUGCAUCGGGUCCGAAUCUAGAAACUGCUGUCCGCGCAGCAGACACUUAUGCAAGCAGCAAGUUUGAUGAACGGUAUAUUGCUUCUUGGAAGCCGUGGAGGCAGAGUCCAGCUACUUCAGGGCAAAUAAAACUGCUUAAUAAAGCACAUAUACGUCAAGGCGGGCUAAGACCGCAAGAUUUGACCCGAGGACAGGCAGCUGAUAUCAUUGUCAAACUGAAAUUUGGAGGCAAAAAACGAUUCAAAGAGAUUGAGAGUCGGCGGCGCAAGGAGGAGCGCAAAGAGCAAGCGUUGAAUGAGCUACGAAGUAGAACCGAUGUACGGGUUGGGCCUCUGAAAGGCUAA